AUUCAAUUGCUUCAAUUUUCAGUCAUUCUUCACAGUCUUCACACUAAUUAUAAUAAUUAUUAAAGGUUCAUCGCGAUUACUAUUUACUGUGCUAACUGCUAGUAGUGUAUUAAUUAGCUAAGCGCUUAGACAGUUUAACAAAUCAGAGAAUUUUUUUUCAAUUUUGCAACAUGCCUCAUUUUCGUUUAGAAACAAAUGUGUCCAAGUCUAAAAUAACACCAGAGUUAUUGAAAAAGCUUUCAGCAGCUGUGGCUAAAACCCUUGGAAAACCAGAAUCAUAUGUAGUUGUGACUGUUGUGCCAGACCAACUUAUGACAUGGGGCGGAGAUGAUAAGCCCUGUGGUACAGCUACGUUAAUGAGUAUUGGUUGCCUAGGUGUUGAACAGAACAAGAAACAUGCUGCUGUAUUGUAUCCUCUUUUAAAAAAAGAACUAGGCAUUCCAGAUGACAGAUUAUACAUAACAUUUUCGGACCAAAGUUCAUCCAAUGUUGGUUAUACUGGAACAACCUUUCAAACAAUUUUUGGAUAAUUAAUAUAAAAAGAAUAAAACAAUUACACCUCUUAUUCAGAUUUUUUUUAAAUGUCACUGACUUAUCAUCUAUACUUAAUCAAAUCUUAAAAAUAUGUUUUAAAUUAAGUAAAAUAAACAGUAAAUGUAUUUGUAUUUUAUUGA